AUGGAACCAACUUUGGAUAAUGAGAAAUUUUUCAGACCAUCCUACAUUGCUAGUGUUGAGCCAUCUCAAAGAGCAGGACCAGUAAAUGUGGAAGAUAUAAAAGCAGAUCUAUCUGCUGAAUUUUCUUUGGUUUCUUCAAGCUCAGACACAAGCCAGAGAAGCAGUUUGGAGUCUAAGGGACACAUACAAGUUUGCCUGCGUAUUAGGCCAUUUACAUCGUUGGAAAGAGAAAAUGAAUUGCAGGACUGCAUUUCACUUGAAGACUCAACAAGCAUCAUACUGAAACCCCCCAAAAACUCUUUGAGUCGACUAAGUGAAAAAACUGCUGGACAGAUGAUACAGAAGUUCACUUUUUCACGAGUGUUUGGACCUGAAACAACUCAAGAAGAAUUCUUUGAAGGUACCAUGAAGCAACCAGUGCAAGAUUUCUUAGACGGAUAUAAUCGUCUUAUUUUUACAUAUGGCGUUACAAAUGCUGGGAAGACCUACACAUUCCAAGGGACAGAAGAUGAUGUUGGUAUUCUGCCAAGGACUAUGGAUAUGCUGUUUAAAAGUAUUCAAGGAAAGCUAUACACAGCAAUGGAUCUCAAACCCCAUCGGUGUAGAGAUUAUAUAAAGCUGACUAAAGACCAAGUGAGAGAAGAAACUGCUAUUAAAAAUUCAAUACUUCGCCUAACAAAAGAGGUAGAGGAGCACUUCUUUCUAUACUGAUGAGUACACACAUCUUUAGAUAGCUUAGUUACCCUGUUCAUUUCUCAAUGGGAAGAGGCUAUCUAAGACCCGGAACAAUCUAGAACAACUGUGAAAAAUUACAUGAAGUUUUCUGUUUGGGUUUCAUUUUUCGAGAUAUACAAUGAAUGUUUUUAUGAUCUACUGAUUCCUAUAUCAAAUGACAAGAAAAGAAAAACAUUACGCCUUGCUCAAGACAUCAAGGGAUGUUCUUAUGUAAAAGAUCUGCAGUGGGUUCAGAUUUCUGAUUCUAAAGAAGCUUUUAGACUUCUAAAACUGGGGUUGAAACACCAGAGUAUUGCAAGCACAAAACUAAAUACUUGCUCCAGCAGAAGUCACAGCAUAUUCACAGUUAAGGUACUAAAAAUUGAAGAUUCAGGAGCACCACGAGUGACCCGAGUCAAUGAAUUGUCAAUGUGUGAUCUUGCUGGUUCAGAAAGAUGUACCAAGACCCGCAAUGAAGGUGACAGAUUGAAAGAGAGUGGAAAUAUAAACACCUCUCUCCUGAUUCUAGGCAAGUGUAUUAAUGCACUCAAGAACUGUCAACAGUCAAAGUUGCAGCAGCACAUACCCUUUCGGGAAAGUAAGUUAACUCAUUUCCUUCAAGGAUUCUUCAGUGGAAAGGGGAAGGUAUACAUGAUAGUAAACAUAAGCCAAUGUGCUUCAGCAUAUGAUGAAACACUCAAUGUGCUAAAGUUCUCAGCCAUUGCACAAAAAGUUUUAGUUAUGGACACAUCUAUUCUUCCCCAAGAUCAACCAUUUGGCCAGAAAUCAGCAAGAGAAACAUCACUACUUAGUUACACUAGAAUGCCAAUCCCAAGGAAAAGAGCUACUAUCCUAUGGGACAGGAGCUUAGAAGAUGUGAUUGAAGAUGAUGAUGAUGAGAUGGAAGAACAGCAUAAUAUGUCAAGAGAAGAAACAGCGCUGCUGAGUCUCAUAGAAGAGUUGAAGGACAAACUUAUUACUGAAAAGAAGAAUAAGUUACUGCUGGAACUAAAAAUUCGUGAAGAAGUGACACAAGAAUUUACCCAAUAUUUUGCAGAGCGGGAAAUAGAUUUCAAAAAGUGCCUUUCUCAUGAACGAGAACGGCUUGAAGAAAAUUCUGAAAUACGCCUGGAAAUCUUCAAGGAACUUGUAAAUGGUUGUACUAAAAACGCAGAUGAAGAAAAUAAAUUAAAGGAUCGGCCUUGCAGUGAGCAAGCUGGACCUCUGGAUGAAGAAUACAACAUAGGGUCAGGCACCUACAUUGAUCUUGAGGGCAUUAUUGAUUCUCUACAGAAUGAUGUCAUUGAUAUCAAAAAGCAGGCAGAAGCAGCACACAGAUACAUUGUGUCCCUAGAGGAUCCACAGGAAGCCAUAGGUUGGCUUGAAAAACAACUGGGAAAAAUUACCACUGAACUAACUACGACCAAAGAAGAGCUGACAAAUAAAACCAAUGAACUAAUCAAAACUGAAGAAGAGCUGACACAGAAAACCAAAGACUUUGAAAUGCAGAUUAUUAAAUUGGAUGAGUCUGCUGAGCAGCUUAAAGAGGCAACUGAGAAAAUGAAUACACAGAAUAAAAGGAUUCAAGAACUAAUGGACAUUGUGGAGCAAAAAGAUGAUGUUAUUAUGAGACUACAAGAUUUGAUAUCCCAUUUAGAAGAAACCAUAAAAGACUAUGACAACACUGUAACUACCAUUAAAAGAAAAUUGGCAGAAAAGAACUCUAACAAAGUGAUUGAAAGCAGCCAAUUCAAGGAUUGUGAGGAAACUGUAUUGGAAGUGGGAAGAAAACGUUGCUUUGAAAAUAAGCCUACUGUAGAAGAAGAGCCACCUACAAAGAAAGGAGAUAUGAAGGAGAGUUGGGAAGAUGACUCUCUAGAGCCAGAGAGAACUGAGUAUGUGAAAACAAAUACUUCUGAGAACUAUGCAGAAAUACUAGCACUGAAGGAAAGAACUGAAACCUUGGAAGGUCAGAUAGCUGCACUUGAAGAACAAUGCAGAAGAGAAAGAAACAAAAAAGAAGAGUUCAGUGGGCAGAUUACUAACUUGCAUCUCAAGCUCUCUGCUUCCAAAGAAAGGGCUUCUGGCUUAAGUGAAGAACUUCAUCAGUGUCGAGCUGACUAUCAGGAGAUUGUUUCUGAAUUAGAUAAGCAGAAAACUAUAAAUAGGGAACAAGAAGAAAAGAUUAUUCAGCUAAAUAACGAAGUAGAAGGUGCCAAAAAAAAAAUAAUUGAUAAAGUGUCACAAAUUAAAACAAUGCAGUCCAAAGUAUAUGAGUUGUAUAAAUGUCACUUAGAAUCUUAUGCUAUGGAUAUUGAUUUAGUUAAUCUAAAGGACUCCUUAGACUAUCAAAAAGAUGAACCAGAGAGUGUUCAAAUGAGUCCUGUAUGCAUGCAGUCCCAAACUGCUUCUACAGCAGAUCUGAGGCAGGAGAGCUCCUUUCACUGCAGCAUUGAAAGCAUUUGGGAGGAAUGCAAAAAUAUUAUUAAGGCCUCUUCACAAAAGAGUCAGCAGAUUCAAGAACUACUUCGACAAGUUGAAGACUUAAAGAAGGGAUUUGGUGACACUGAGAAUUAUAAUAAUCAACUAAAAAUAAAAUUAAAUGAGAUUGCAAAUCAAGAUUGUCAGUCUGUAAAGGAAAAAGAUCUUAUGAAUCAGCUACAAGAGCAAAUCCAGAAGAAAACCCAGGAUUUUGAAAAACAGGCUGCAGAAGAUCAGAGAGUAAUUGCACAGUUUGAGGAGGAAGUUACCAGCUACAAGGGAAAAAUAAGAGAGCUUGAAUGCCUCCUGGAGGCUUGUAGAGCUAAAGAUGACAGCAUAACAAAGUUAGAAGUAGUACUUAAAGAAAAAGAAUCUAUUAUUUUAAACCUAGAAAGUAAUACAGUAGCUCUGCAAGAGAAAUGUGCCAAUUCAGACAAAAAAAUGAAAGAAUUAAAUGAUCAAGAAGCAAAUCUGAAGAAGGAAGUUGUGCAGCUGAUGAACAGCUUGGAGAACAUGAAACACUCUCUUCAGGAAAAGGAGAAAAAAGAGGAUAAGCAAAUACAAUCUAUAGAAUUGCUACGUAAGGAUCUUUCUGAGACCUCUGCCCUUGUACAGAGUUUGAAAAAAGAUUUACAGAGGAAAGAGGAAGAAUAUACAGAUUUGAAAGAGAAAUUUUCUGAUGCCAAGAAACAAAUUCAGCAAGUACAAAAAGAGGUGUGUACAAUGCGAUCUGAGGAGACAUCCCUGAGGAGCAAAGUUAAUGAACUUCAGAAAAUUAAAAACCAGCUUAGUGAAGAAUUAGAGAUCAAACAGCGCACCAUCCUGCAACUUAAAAAGCAGUUGAAUAAUGAGAAGCUGGAAGAAAUCUCCAAACAGUACGAGAAAACACGUAAAGAUCUGUGUGCAAAGGAAAAAAUAAUUGAAGAUAUGCGGAUGACAUUAGAAGAACAAGAACAGACUCAGAUUGAACAAGAUCAAGUGCUUGAAGCCAAAUUAGAAGAGAUCAACAGAUUAGUUUUGGAAGUGGAAGCAUGGAAGCAGAAAUAUAGAGAGCUGAAUAACCAGAGCGAUAGUGGCUGGCAGCAAAAGAUGAGCAAAAAUGAAGAGAAAAACAUAAAUGAAAAUGAGGAAUUAAUAAAGCUGCAAAAAGAACUGAAGGAAAAUGAGGCAAAGUAUCAAACUGAUAGAAAGAAGUGGCUGGAGGAAAAAAUGGGACUCAUAAGUCAAGUAAAAGAAGCUGAGAGCCAUCGCAACAGAGAAAUGAGAAAAUUUGCGGAGGACAGAGAACGUCAUGUAGAGCAACAGGCAGAAAUUGAAAGACUUGCUGCGCAGCUGGUAGAAAAGGACAGCAAUCUUCAAAAGUGGCGUGAAGAAAGAGAUAAAUUAGUAGAAGCUUUGGAAUUACAGCUCAAGACUUUGGCUUCUAACACCACACAAAAAGACAAAGAAAUAACAGAACUGAAACAGGCUGCACUAAAGGAUUCAGGAAAG